AGAACGUUUUUUCCAUUUUAUCUCCUCCUUUUCCUACUUCGUUUUGUGCCCUGCCUCCGCCCGCUGCCAUAGUUCCAGCAGCUAGCCGUGUGUGUUGUGUGUGUCUGUGAAAUCGCAUAAAGAUCGCAUCGCGCGAUGGCCCAAAUGCAAUAAGAAUGUGUGUGCAAUAAUAUAAAAGGAACGGAACGGAACACGGAAGGUUCGGUUCGGUUGGGUUGCUGCCCAAAACAUGAAAAUGGUGCUAGACGACGCCGUGCCGAGCUGGCAUAUUUUGGCCCAGUCUAAAUGACGUCACAAGCGUAACAAGUGCAACAGACAACAAUGACCGAUGAGCAUAAAAGUAGCAUUAACAGUAACAGCAACAGCACGAGCAACAACUCAAACUCCAACUCCAGCAGCAGCAGCAGCAACAACAACAACAACCACAAUACCAACAACACUAGCAGCAACGCAAAUAGCAGCAACAACAACGGCAACGAGAGCAACAAAAACUGCAGCAUAAUUGCAGAGGCGGCAGCAAAGUUUCUACUGAAAAAUGGUCUGAACGGCAGCUUUCCCGUGCCACCGCCCCUGACGACCAGGACGCAGACGCUAACGACGACGACGCCGACGCCCUCAUCCAGCUCCAGCUCCACCCCCUCAAAUGGCUUUUUGCCGCAUGCCAGCACGCCCACAGCCAAGACACCCAGAAGAAGCAGCAACAGUAUGGCGGCCUCCGCUGCGGUGGCCGCGACAAGCGUUGGAGCUCUCGCCAAACCCAGCGUCGAUGUCCUGGGCGGCGUUCUCGACUACAGUUCCUUAGGCGGUGCUGCAGCCGCCGCCGCUGCAGCCGCUGGUUCUCUGCCGUCCACAGGCUCGGCAGCGGUAGCGGGAACGGUAACAGUGACCGCGAAGAGCGGCAAGGGCAGCGGGAUCAGCUCCAGCGCCAGCUCCAGUUCCAGCGGCUUUGAUAUGGGCAGGCAUCCGAUAUCGACUCACAGCAACAGCAAUAACAGCUGGGGCGGCUACGGCGGCCGUUUGCAGUUCUUCAAAGAUGGCAAGUUCAUAUUGGAACUGGCACGCUCCAAGGAGGGCGAUAAAAGCGGCUGGGUCUCGGUCACGCGCAAAACCUUUCGCCCGCCAUCGGCUGCCACCUCGGCCACUGUAACUCCGACGUCGGCGGUGACCACAACGUAUCCAAAGAACGAGAAUUCCACAUCGCUGAGCUUUUCGGAUGACAAUAGCUCGAUACAAUCCUCGCCCUGGCAGCGGGACCAGCCCUGGAAACAGUCCAGACCGCGACGCGGCAUCUCAACGGAGCUGUCGCUGUACUAUCAUCGCCCCAGAAAUAGUGCGCUGGCCACGGCUGCGCUCCGAACAGCCUCUCGCAGGCGGCGGCGACCCCAUGAGCCACUGUCUACCAGCGAGGAGCAACAGCCCAUCUUCGAGGCAUCCGUCAAGGUGGAAAAUGGCGACGAGACGCUGAAAGCGGAAGCUGUAUCAGAGACAGAGACAGUUGAAGGUGGCACCACACCGGAAGCCUUAGCAAAUGAGAUUACAAAUGACCAAGCAGAAGCGAUCAAAGACAAGGAAGAUGCUCCAGGGCCCAAAAAGGAAGCCAAGGUGGAGGGAAGCAAUGAGAACGAGUCAGGAGAAGCGGUGCCCACUCCAAAGGUUGAGGCACAACCAAAAGACGAGACUGUGGAGAAGAUGAACACCAGCGAGGAUGAGGAAGUCACGCCAGCGCAUCCGGCAUUGGUCAGUUCGAGUGCCGUGAAUGGUGGUGGCAGCGGUGACCUGAACGGCAACAUGAAGGCGGUUCUCGGGAAAACAAAACCGAAACCUCGGCCCAGGCUUAGCAACAUCAUCCAAAAACUAAUUGAUGGCGUGCCAGCACGCCUUGUUCAAAUGUCCAAGACACCGGCAGCAGCGGUAGCCACAGCGACAGCAGAGCGGGGCAGUGUCGGAACCAUCGGCAGUUUAAGUCACUCGUUGACGCACAAGGUCUCUCCCCCCUCGUCGGCAUCGCCAGCCAGUCGUCUAGUCGAGUACCACCACCAGCACGUGUCGCCCCGGAAACGCAUUCUUCGCGAGUUCGAGAAGGUGUCGCUGGAGGACAACGGCUGCGUAAAUAACGGCAGCGGGGGGGCAAGCACCGGCAGCGGAGCGGGUGGCAAGAGAAGCCGAGCAAAAUCAUCGACAUCAUCAACGACUGGCAAGGCGGCGCCUAUGAAUCUGGCCCCGCCCCAAGGUAAGCCCAGUCCCAGCCCCGGUUCCAGCGCCGCCAGUACAUCGCCAGCCGCUGCAUCCGCACCACCAACUCGACUUAACAGCUCCUACAGCAUCCACUCGCUGUUGGGCGGGAGCAGUGGCAGCAGUAGCUCCUCCUCCUCCUCGUCUGCUAAGAAGAGCGCCGACCACCCGGCCGCCAUCAUCAGUAAUGUGCAUCACCCGCACCACAGCCUGUACCAGCACAGCUCCUCGAGCUAUCCACGCGCCCUGCUGAGCUCUCCGAAGUCACCGGAUGUGAGCGGCAGCAAUGGAGGUGGCGGGGGAAAGUCCCCCUCCCAUGCUGGAGCCAAGAAGCGUUCGCCACCGUACACUGCGGGGUCACCAUUGCCCGUGGACUAUGGUCACUCCUUCUACAGAGAUCCUUAUGCGGGAGCUGGAGCGGGAACAGGGCGUCCUUCCACAACGAGUUCGGCAUCGCAAGAUCUAUCGCCGCCUCGAUCCUCACCAGCUUCGCCUGCCACCACGCCGCGUACAGUGCCCAAGAAGACUGCUUCGAUUCGUCGGGAGUUUGCCUCGCCUUCUGCCAGCAGCAGCAGUUGUCCCUCGCCCGGUGACCGAAGUGCCUCGCCACCGGACCGAAGGCAUAUGCAGCAACAGCAGUCGCACCUGCAGCGCAGCUCACCACUCCACUACUACAUGUAUCCGCCGCCGCCUCAAAUGAACGGAAACGGUUCGGGUGGCAGUCCGACCUCGGCACCCGGAACGUCGGGAAGCGCAGCUGCAGCGGCAGCGGCGGCAGCAGCAGCGGCCGCAGCCGCCUACAUUCCCUCGUCGUUGUACCACCCGUACAUAUCCACGCUGGCGGCCCUGCGGCAUCCUCUUUGGGUGCACCACUAUCAGGCAGGAGCGGCACCUCUGCUGUCUCCACAUCCGCAGGCCGGCAGCUCGGCGGCCACUGCUGCUGCUGCUGCUGCGAGACUGUCGCCACCGUCGCCGUAUCACACAUUUCCCUACAACGGAGCGGCCGCUGUGGCGGCAGCUGCAGCUGCUGCCGCCGCCUUUGGGCAGCCCGCUUCCAGUCCUCACACCCAUCCGCACCUGGCCCAUCAUCCCCACCAGCAUCCGCACCCGGCUGCACUGACCACCACCACCCACCAUUCGCCCGCUCACAUGGCCACGCCAAAACUGACUGAUAGUAGUACCGACCAAAUGUCUGCAGCGUCCAGUCAUCGCACCGCCUCCACUUCGCCGACCAGCUCGAGCGCUUCCGCCUCCUCCUUGGCGGCCGCUCCUGGCGCCAGCUCCUCCGCAAUGUUUCAUACUAGUAGCCUAAGGAAUGAACAAAGUUCAGACUUACCACUGAAUCUGUCAAAGCACUGAGACAUACACACGCCCCAGCUGCCCCAGUUUCUGGGCCAACCAUUGAGUUAAGUACAUUAUCGCACUAGUAGCGCUUAAGAUGACAUUCAACUACACGUAACAUUAUCUCAUAAGUUCGCUGCUAGUUUAGUUUUAACCUAAUUGUUUUAGCCCUAAUCCUUAUCCUAGAUUCUCGACUAAGACCCAAAAUUAAAACUACAAAAAGAGAAGGAAACUACGAGAAAGAAACUCAACCAAGUUUUUUUUUAGCCGUUCCAAUACGUUUCUAUAAAAUCAGCUACAAAAACAAUGGAAUUUUGACUAACAUAUUUAAUAUGCAAAGGAACUUUAUUCUAUGCCAACUAAUGAAAAAAAAACUAUUUACAGCAUUUUUCUGUAGGAUGUAUAAAAUGCAAGUCUUGAAGAAUCUCAAAAAGAGUUACGUUUUUUUCAUCAAAACAUUUCCUUGAAACAGACUGAACCUGAAUUUUUUUAGAAAAAAAAAAAACAAGAAACCCUAAGUUAUAGAUCGCAGCAUCUAACUUUUUAAAGUGUAUUUAAAAAAAUAAACUACAUGAACAGAUUUUUAUAAAAAGCUCGUGCCUUUAAAGAUUACAAGAAAACUAGGGAUACAAAAGAAUAAAUUAACAACAAAUUUGCUGUAACAGAUCGAUAGAUACGGAAACAUUAACAGAUAUUCUAAACAUUUAGAUCCAAUAAGGCAAAAUCGCCAGCAAUGUGUAUUGAGUAGAUUAUAUACAGAUUCCGUAUCCUAUUUUUCACUUUUCACAAGACAUUUUCGAAUACUUUUUGGAACAUGAAAAACUCCGAGUUUAUUCAAAGAAUGUGUUCAAGAUGAAUAGACUCUUAGUAGAGAAUUUUGAUGAGUUGCAUGCUAUUUGUUUUUGAAAUUCAUUGACUAGCUCUAUGCCAAGUAAAUAAAAAUAAAUAUACAUAUUUUGUUUCAAAAAAUCAUUUGUGAAGUUGAAGUUUAAAUCGUUAACCGAUCUAAAGUUAACCUUCACAACUUUCUACGGAAUGUAUAACUUUACUUAAUACACAUUCACUGUCCGUGCUGACGCCCAAUCAAAAACAAUUGAAAAUGUACAAAAAUAAACAUAUUUACACAAAACAACGGGAAUGUAAGAAAAAUCCUAAAACAGACAAAUUCAAACCGGAAUUCGUACAACUGAAACUGAUACAAAUAAAACGAAAACGAAAACAUAUUCCUAAACGCAAAAAGACAAAAACAAAACGCGGUUUCUCAUAUUUUCUAAAUUAUUUAUAUAAAAAUCAAAUGACUAUUUAUAUUUACUAGUAUGUUAAUGUGUAAGAAAAUAGUUGUAAUUGUAAAUACAGUAUUUUUACACAACAACAACAACAGCAAAGUAAACCGAUACACGAAAAAACAAUAUAUUUAAUAUAAAUAUUUUUAUAAAGGAUUUUAACAAUAUACUGUAUAUUUUACAGACUAAAAACUAAAGGAUUCCAUAAGAGGUCGAUAAGGGUUUGCACAAUUACGCCGUUAAAAGCAGCGUAUGGCUUGCUUAAAAUCCUAGCGGCUUUUAAUUUCGGAAAUAAAAUUGUUAAGUAACUUUCGGUUACUGAUUUAAAUCGAUCCGAAAAGCUGGUAGAAUUUUGAGCAAGCGUAAAAAACAUAACCCAAACGAAUAAAAUGAAAAAUUUCCAUGAAAAUUCCAUAUACGGUCUUUACUACCUACUGAUUAGUUAGCUAGGCGCCUAGGGACUAUUAUUUUAUUUUUACUUGUAUAACGGUACUGUGUACGACGUUUUUGUUUUAUUGAAUCGUAGUGUUUAUAAUUGAAAUAUCGGACGUCUUUCGAGAGUUGCUAUGUUAAACACAUGUACCAUGUGCAUUGUCCAACAAUGUGUGGCAAAACCCGAAAAAAAAUGUUGGCAACAAGUGAAAUAUAUAUAAAGUAAUCGAGAGGGUUUCAAAUAUAUGGAGUAAUGCUGCAUCUUUUGAUGCUGAAAUUCGUGUAAAGUAGCGGAAACAAAAUUAAUUUUAAAGAACUAUAUUUUAUAUAGGUAUAUAUAUAUAUACUGAAACUGAAUACUUGAUGUCAAUAAAAAACUUACACUAAAUGUAUGACAACUAA